AUGACAAACAACAAUGAUAAUUUAGAUGAUUUUUUCAAAAAAAAAGAUAAAAAGUCUAAAAAAAGUACAAAAUUGCAGUUAUUAACGAAUAAUGAAGAAUUAUUAAAACAACUCGUAGCAGUUACCACACAUGAACAACAAGAGUUCGAUGAUGACGACAUAGACUUACCGACUAUAGCCGUAGAACCAAUUGUGAAUCAUCCUUUAGCAUUAUUAACAGAGGAUAUAAUCGAUGAACCAGAUUCUGUGAACGCUGAAGUUAUAACAGAAGAUAAUCGUACAGUUAUUGUUAAUCCGCAACCAUUUGCACCGACGAAAUAUACAAAUUUCCCAGUGAAAAAGAAAGUAUCGUCACAACAAUCAAAAACUCCUACAGUCGAUUCAAAAACAUCGACAACGUCAAAUCAGGAUGAUGAAUGGGAAGAGUUUCCAGAACAUGAUAAAGAUUACAAUCGACUGCGGAAUAUAGCAGGUGAUCUGAAUGCUUGGAUUGCUGACCAAGACGAUAAUGACUAUUACUAUGCGGAUGAAAAUCAGAGCGAAGGAAAACGAGAUCAACCAGAACAACAACAAAAACCUGCAUGGAAAUUAGAUAACCUUGUUAAUAGUAAUGGCAAUGAACAACACCAACAACGCGAACAGGGAACAAAAAUUAGCCCGAUUAUCGCAAGUGACAGCGCAGAAAAGCAACAAGUAGAACCAGUAGUUGCUAAGGGAAGAUACAUUGCACCACAUCAGCGUUCAGGUGCGAGUAUUAAUACAGUUGAAAAACCCCAUCGUAAACCAUCAUCAAAAGUUCUACCUUAUCUUCAAAGUACAGAAGAGUUUCCUACAUUGGCAUCAGCAAUGACAAAUAUGAAAUUAAAUGAAAAAAAUAAAUGA